CCCUUACGGAAAUGAUCGAGACGAUGCCCACCACAUCGCCGCUCGCAGGCAUCGACUUUGGUGCAUCGACCAUCGCAACAGGCACGACCAUCGCAAGAAAGACCACCGCUGCACCGGCUAACGCCACUACCUCGAGCUCACCGCCCACCGAAACUUCUUCCAGAACGAUCUCCUCCGUUCAGGACAACGACAUUUUCCUCUCGUCCUCGAAAAAAUCUACCACAGGUUUCGUCGAAUUCACGACCACCCCUGCUUCCGGUUUAGCGAAGGAAACGCGUGAAUCGCCGGGUAAAAUUCGCCCUCAGAUCAAACUGACCACCAACUACACCAGUCUCAGCGAGACGGGUGUACGGCUACCGGAAGGUGCGAGCGCAGCUCUCGCGAAACCGACCAAAUAUCACUACUAUCCGCACAAUCAACACAUCUAUUUGCUACCGGAGUGCGCAGUUCAGCAGGUUUGCAAUGCCGUUUACGUUCGACUGAAUUUUACUCAGCCUCUGUGCGCCUGUCCAGGAAGAUAUCGCGACCCUUGCAGCGCCUCUCUCGACAGCGACGACCUCCACACUACGGAGCUGGUCACCGACCCACGGACCAAGCGAGCUCUCACUUUGGUGAAAACUUGCGAACCGGUGGCGGAAAUGCGAGAGUGUAGAACACCGAGGGACUGGUCUCUCCUCGCGUUGCAAAACGUAAGAACAGGAAAAUCUCAUUACCUCGUAAUAUGCCGAUGCCCAGACGCCAAUAUACUCGAAGGUCCUAUGAGUCACGAUCAACCGACGUACGCCAGCGUGCCAGGAAUUCGCGUUUACGGGAUGAUGUGUGUGCAAGGAAACAGAAGAGGUCGACCAUUGAGAUACACUCGCAGCAUUUUCGAUCAUCCAAACAAAGAAACCAACCAAGAUUCUAUUCGCAACGAGAAAGAAGGAACGGAGGACCGAUUGAGCUUUCCGUGGUACAAGGUCCAACAACUGAUGAACGUAGCCGUUUGGGAUUAGAUCCAUUGGCCUCCAUUUUCAACGUACAUCGAAUUAUCAAAAAUUGUUCGUUUCACGCGCAAUUUGCUUAUUGCCAUUCAUCCGUUUAUUUAUUAAGCAUUUCGCUUCGCUUUCUCUGGCUUUCCUUCGUUUAGCAACUCAUUUUGUCUUUCACUUCUCCUUAUUUAUAAUAAUACUUGUAUACGCGUAUAAUCGAGUCCGAGCGGAAGGGUAAAUCCGAGAGGACCGGUCCGCGAUAGAGUCGCCAUUUUGGAAAUUACGUACAAGUUCGUUCGACUCUGUAAUUUUGAUCGUGUGUUGUAGAAUACGUGAAAUUUAUGGGGCUAAAUGUUCGAGGAACGCAGGACUGAAUUCUCCGUUACGGGUGAUCCUUCCUUUAAUUUUACGGUGAUUACAACGGUGUCUUAUUAUUUUAUUUCGACGGCGCGGACUGCAUUGUCGGCAGAAACAGCGUCGCGCUGAUAGACUUGACCACAAGACGGCGGCGAAAGCCAUCGGGUUGCUGAAAUUCCUGCGGUCGUGGGGGCCGUUUCGCUUUAACGAUGGCACAACACGGUGUAACAAAAUCAACACUGGACGGGGAAAAUUUAUGCAACGAGUCGUCCAGCGAACCACUCGUCAUCCUUCGUUAGCAACCUCUCGUAUCUCGUACGUUUUAUUCUAAUCGCGGGUACUCGAACUCGCUCGAGCUGUACAAAACGUCUGAAAAAUCACCUACGAAAUUUGUUUUUUUUCUUUUCUCGCGGGUUUUAACCAAGAACAUCGUGUAUCGUACGAGAAGAAUGCGUUUCGAGAAAAAUGUUUACCAACAAGACGGCUACUUUGGACGGAUUGGAAAUAAAAAAUGAUCGGCAGUAUAAGAUGCGUUUGGAAAAAUUGAUUUUCCCCGGAUUAAUCAGCAUCGCGAUAAGACGUUUUUAAGAUAAAAGAGGUAGCAACUGUGGAAACCGUAACCAAAAGAGCAGAUAAGUGUAAAACGU